CCCCGCUAUGUCCUCGUCCAGCUCCUCGCAAACCCCCCCGUCCCACCACCAGCCUCCGCCGCAGAGGAUGAGGCGCGGCGCCGCCGGGUCCCCCACCGCCGGCACGGCCGGGGGCCCCGGUAACGGCGCCGGGGGAGGCUCGGCGGGGACCAGCCGGCUGCUCCAGCCUAUCCGAGCGACCGUCCCGUACCAGCUCCUGCGGGGCAACCAGCACAGCCCGACCCGCUCCCCAUCCGCCUCGGUGGGCAGCAAUACGGGGCCGGGGGGCGGCGGGGGUCGCGGCGGAGGCAGCCCCCCACCGCCGCCCAGCGCGACGCCGCCGCUGGCGGCGGGCGGCGGCGGAGCGGAGCCGGGCAGGGUGAAGGGCAGGCAGCGGCGGUCGCCGGAGAGCGGCGGCAGCAGGAGGAGCAGCUCACCUGAGAGACGGAGCCCCAGUUCCCCGGUGUACAGAGUGGACAGGCCAAAAUCCCAGCAAAUCAGAACUUCUGGUACCAUAAGGCGAACUUCUUCUUUGGACACAAUAACAGGACCUUACCUCACAGGACAGUGGCCACGUGAUCCCCAUGUACACUACCCUUCAUGUAUGAAAGAUAAAUCUACUCAGACACCCAGCUGUUGGGCCGAAGAGGGAGCAGAAAAGAGAUCACAUCAGCGCUCAGCAUCAUGGGGAAGUGCUGAUCAGCUGAAAGAGCAGAUUGCCAAGCUGAGGCAGCAGCUGCAGCGCAGUAAGCAGAGCAGUCGUCACAACAAAGAGAAGGAACGUCAGUCACCUCUCCAUGGCAACCACAUAGCAAUCAGUCAGACUCAGGCUUGUAUUUCCAGAUCUGUCCCUAUGCCACUGUCAAGCAUUUCAGUGCCAAAAUCAACUGCUUCACGUGUGCCGUGUAAUGUAGAAGGAAUAAGCCCUGAACUGGAAAAAGUAUUCAUUAAGGAGAAUAGUGGAAAAGAAGAGGUAUCCAAGCCUUUGGACAUCCCUGACGGUCGGAGGGCGCCGUUGCCUGCUCACUAUCGUAGCAGCAGUACCCGGAGCAUUGACACUCAGACUCCGUCUGUGCAGGAGCGCAGCAGCAGCUGCAGCAGCCACUCACCCUGUGUCUCUCCCUUUUGCCCUCCUGAAUCUCAGGAUGGCAGUCCCUGUUCAACAGAAGAUUUGCUCUAUGACCGUGAUAAAGACAGUGGGAGUAGCUCACCGUUGCCCAAGUAUGCCUCAUCUCCCAAACCAAACAACAGCUACAUGUUCAAACGAGAGCCCCCAGAGGGAUGUGAGCGAGUGAAGGUCUUUGAGGAAAUGUCGUCUCGUCAGCCUGUCUCAGCCCCUCUCUUUUCAUGUCCUGACAAAAACAAGGUUAAUUUCAUCCCAACCGGAUCAGCUUUCUGUCCUGUAAAACUUCUGGGCCCCCUCCUUCCCGCUUCAGACCUGACACUGAAGAACUCCCCAAACUCUGGUCAGAGCACAGGUCUGAGCACCCUGACUGUUGAGCAGCUCUCGUCCCGGGUCUUUUCAUCUCUGUCAGAUGACACCAGCACAAUGGACUCCCCAGAGACCCCGGUACAGCAGCCGUGCCAGCAGCAGCAGCCGCUCCUGCAGGAGAUUCAGACUGAAGAGCAUUCCUCUCCUCAGAGCUACGUGUUGAUCUAGAGCAAGGUGGAGCAGGCCUCUGCCCCAGACAAGGAGGGAGGAGAUCCUAGUUCAGUGACAUCUGCAUGAGGUGGCAACCUUUCAGAACACCACGGAAUACUUAGCAGCAUUCAAACAAAUAUCUCAACACUGUUCUUGGCAGGGACAGAAUCCAUAUUUGGCAUUUUUUGUGAGAAAGCAGUAAUGCCUGCGGAAUCCAUAUUACAUGAAAUGUUUUAAGUGGAGACUAUGCAUUUCAUAGUACGUUUGACCAGAUUAGUACUGUGUCCUGUGUUCUGUUUCAAAUUCUACAGUAUAAAUAAGCUCUCUCUAUAUAUAAAAAAAAUGUUGCCUGUCUGAAUAGAAAAUGUCUUGCUGUGUUGUGUCCUAUGGAAAAUACUGUACUUCAGGAUUAUGUUUACAAUUGAUCCAGGUGUUUAUGUUUCUAACUUCUGUAAUACACACAAUGCAAAAAAAAAAAAAAAAAAUGGCCACAGCAGUUGCACAGUGCCCACCCUAUGGCCUAGCUUCAGGUACUUCUCUUGAAGUGUAAACUCAGGUAACUUGGAAUGUAUAUCAUAUUGGAAUAUAAAAUAUUUUACAGCUACAAAGCUAAAGAGGGAACAUCACUCUUUUGCCUUUCCUUGUUUUAUGCAUUAUAUUUCCUCAUUACAUUCCACUUUCUUGGAAUAAGUGCAUUCAGAUCCAGGUGAAUGAUGACCCUGGACAUGGGUGAACAUGAGGAGAACCAGCAAAUCUGUGAUGUAUAUCACUUUGUCAUGUGCUUACAAGUAAAACAACUGUUGCAUUUACUGUCAUUUCAAUAGAUGUAAAAUUGUGGCAUUUAAAGGUUUCAGGUGUUGCUCAGUUAAUGACUGUUAAACUGUUGCAAAUAAAAGUGUUCAGUACUAGGCUGUACAUGAGAAACAUUCCACAUUGUGUGUGAGAGGAUUUUGAAAGACAAGAAUGUUUUUGUUAAAGGGCAGAAAUUCUUUUAGGUUUCACGGGGGGGUGAUUGGGGAUUUCCUCUCAUGGUUUCUGUUGGCAGUUAAGGAUGUGAAAUGCUACUGUUACUGUCUAAAAGUCAAAUUAAUGUUUAGUUUCUCUUUUGGAAAUGUUCAUUCAUUUGCUGGUUGGAAAUAGGUUUUCAGAUUUUGUUGAGCUGUGUUAGAUGAGCGGCGUUUUAUUUAUGUAGUGAGUAAUUGUGUUUGGAUGAAAGUCCAGAAGUAGCAAGUGGGUGUUCUAAGAGGGGUGGGGAAAACAAUAGUUUUAAGUUCAUGUUACUUAAAGCUUCUCCCAUAACUUUCAGUUUCUUAAGCUGUGUGUGUAAAAGUGUGUUUUCCCCCCUGCUUAAGUGUAAAUAAAAGAAAAAUCCAUGUAAAAUAAUCCCGGUUUUGCAGGCUGGACACUGUCUCAAAAUAGUACAUGGCAAGAUUGGGUUUGUGACACUCUUCUAUUGUACUAGAAAAAGAGGAGCAUUGCUUUGAGAUAAUUUCCUGUGAUACCAAGAGAACCCCAAAGGCAAAAUAAACUUGAUGUUCUUGCUCCAUUGCUUUCAGCUCGGUGGAACUGCGUGUAUGCUGUCUGUUCCUAAGAGAAUAAGGUUCACCAUUUCCAGGAAUUGAAGAGAUUAGUAGCCUGCAGCUACUAGGAGCAUUUAAACAUGCUCUUUUUUGUUUUUUUCUGCUUUUGAAGAUGAGAUUGGAGGG